UCUACGUACUUACCACAAGUUUGAUUUUUUUUUUUUUAACUCUGGAAAGCUCUUGGGUGAACUCGUAUCAUGGGACAGGCCCCUUAAUCAUUUCAAUGGUCGAGGUCAGAUAACUUCAUCUGAAGGAUAACCUGUUAGGCACUCUAUGUAUGAAUGAUUCAGUAUCCCCAAUCAAAAUCAACACCACACUACAGCACUCUUAUUUUGUGGAGUAGAUUUCAAAUAUUAAACAUGCCAAUUUGAAAGUUAUCAAGCAUCAAUAAGAUAAUUACUUGAAAUAAACUUGUGUAUCACUUGUUUUUAACCUGUGUGUCAAUUUUCUUUCAAGCUGGUGGGUAUCACAUUUAGUCCAAAUUAAUAUGUAAAACUAUCUGUAAUUAAGAAUUGAGACAAAUGUACUGACAUAAACUAUAGAAGAGUUUCAAUAUGUCUUCAGCAUCCAGGACUCGAAUCCCAGAACUUCCUUCCCUAAAAUCAUUUUCCUCUUUUAAGUCCUUCCUUAAAAACGUCCUCAUUUGUAUUAGCUUUUGGCUAAUUGUUCUCAAUGUUGCCUUUUGUGAAUGAGGAUCAAUUGAAGUGCUAAAUGCAUGUUUGAUAUAUUAAAGACUAAAUUCAAUUAGAAGCUGCUGUUGUUGAAAUGAAUUAAACAGCUAAAAUAAAUGUGGAUUGGGUACAUUCCCAUUUGUUCACUGUACAUGGUUUUAUAGAUCCAAAUUGUUUCAUUAAACCUUCUGAAAAAUAUUCAUUUAAUAUUUUCCCAAUUUUUGGUAGAUGGUGCCAAUGCCAAAACCAUGAAAUUUCUCAAAAAAUGCAUUUGGGUUGUAGUUCCAAUUAGCUGCAGGUUUCCUGGAGGCUAUGAUUUGUGUGAUGAACAUCUUAACAUUUCUGUAUAAUUUUUCUGAAAACUCCCGAGAGCUAGCUGGCAUCUUCACUAAGAGCCAGUGAGAUAUCUGAGAGAAACUGAGCAAAAUGCUUAAUGAAAUUCAAGUCUUGCAAUUUCCUUGACAUUGCUGCCUGGAGAACGAUCUUACACUCAUUAUUGAAGUUUAAGUCCAAAAAUAGGAGACCAUUACGUGUCAUAUAAAACCAAGGCUGAGAUAGAGUCUACUCAAUAGAUUUUGUGGUAUUAGAAAUUAACUUGCAAAUGAACCUAGACUUGUCAGGAAAAUAACUGGAAAAAUAACAUUAUUCAUAAAGAAUGAAUUAAUUGCUGUCUCAGAAUAUUAAUAGAGAUAUUUUUAAACAUGUUUGUUCUAGGAAUUGAGCUUUGGAGUAAGCUUAUUAUGGAUACUAGAGGAAAUAGAGGCAGUCAAAAAAAAAAAAAGAUGUUUGGUCUGUGGGGUCACACCCCCUAUGUCUCAACUGACUGUAUCCAGUUAUCACAAGGUUGCUUUGGCUUGUAUCUGAUAGUCGUAUUGAUCUGACAGAAACUAUACUCAUUAUACCUUGUAUUAGGAUAUCUACUUUGAAUUCUCUGUAGCCUACAGUCAUUUAUAUUUGUCAGGAAUCCGUGCCAACAGAGAGCAAGUGGGAAUUCAGCUGAAAGCAGUUGAAAUGACAGUAUCACAUUUUGAGUUUUAUGCAAUCUUCAGCCUCAAACAAUCAAAUCAAAUUUACAUAAAGUAAUUGGUAACAUUUGCAGAAAGAAAUAUUUAAGUAAAUUGCUCUAAUCUAAUUUUUAUACAAAAUAUGCAUAUAUAUUAUCAAAGUCAUGAUGAAGUGGACUUUUCCUGCAUUGCCCACAUUUGGAUUUACUGUAUUAUUGAACAUCACGGAAAUGUCACUCCUUAUAUUUGGGUUACCUCCUGCAGCUGUGAAAUGCGGAGAAGCCCCAGAGGUUAAUUUCUGUUUUAUCUGGCUGUGCCAAUUCAAACCUUCAUCAGCAGAAACAAUUAUCCGCUGCCCUAACUUGCUUAGUAUUCAGUGAAUAUCACAUAGCCUUAAACCUUUCUUAUCACUACCCAAAUAUUUCAAAUAUGAAGGUUAGUUACACUGUGGCCAACUACAUUCAUAUUUAAAUUUUUCAUGAAACUUUUGAAUUAAGUCAGCAUUUCAUGAAACUUUUGAAUUAAGUGCGCAUUAAUGUUUAAAGGCUCAGAAGGUGGCACCUUUAUGUAAAUAAGGUAAGAGAUUUUGCAAAUAGGUAUGCUGCUACCACAAGAGGACAUGCGUGUAUUGGGGGCAUCAGGAGAGUUGCUUUUUACUAAUCUUGGAGGAACCAUUGCUUCGAUUGAAUUGUUUGAGGAAAUUAGGGAAAAUAAUCAGAGGAACAUUAUUACUAUCCUGAAGAACAUUUAAUACAUUUAACUUCAUUCAUGACAAGUGAACAACAUUUAAUUAACUAAACAUUUCAAAUUGUCCUCCUCAAUUAUAAUCAGGCAUUUUUAGAAAAUAUAUGAUUUCUAGCUUGAAACUGGAGAUGCUUUGAUGAUUGUCCGUGUUCAUCAUGCUGUGAUAACUGUUCCCUUUUAAGUAAUCUGCACACAAUAUAAUCUCGCAGCUAUUGUGGAGAAGAAGGUGAUCAAAGCAAUAACAUUAAAACGUUUGUAAAUGUUUCGACGCGACGUUGCAGCGAUUCAGUUAUGGUUUACAUUUUCUCCGAGCGCUGGACUCAUGGCAAAGUCAAUAAGUCACGAUAGCCCCGGUGAAAGGCAGCUUGCCCGAGUGCACCUGUUUGCCGGAAUCGGUUCGUCAAUAAAAGCCCUGACCUCCUUUCCUCUCUCAUCAUCGCCAUGGGGUAGAGUGGAUGGAGUGACAUUCGCCAAAUUGCCGCCAAGCUGCCCCCGAGCACGGCCAGAUAUCAAAAGGCAGGAUUAUUCUGUGGCAAACGGCACUUGAGGCAGGGCUGGUAGCAAUGACGGCCGGCGUGGUGAGCACCAAGUGAGGGGAGGGGAGAGGAGGGGAGGGGGGUAAGACAGUCCCCGGGAGUGGGCUGCCAGGCGGCUGGGCUGGGCUCGCUGACUGCCGAGCACUCAGCAUUGCGAGCGGAAAGCCUUUAUUCGUGGUUCCCUCUCGCACUUGCCAGCCUGCGAGCGUCCUCCCUCUCUUUUUUUAUUCUGUCAUUCCAACCCUGAAUUCCUCAAACUCGCAUCUGCCAUUAACCGUGUGUUUCCCGCUGGUCCGAGUGGAGUCGCCUGAGCAGCGGAGGAGCGGAGAGGAGGCGAGGGGUGGAGAGGAGAGGAGAGGAGAGGAGAGGAGAGGGGGCGUCCGACACGAUUCUCCCGGAGACGCCGCUUUGUCAGGUGUGAAGGCAACGAGAAGAAGCCGACAGCCCGGCAACAAAAAAAUAAUAACAACAGCGGCCGGAGCCGAGAAGCCGGAGAGAAGAUGAGCAACUUCUAGGCCAGGACAGAAAUUCUUGGAUUGUCUCAUCAUGUUGUACAGCUUCUCUACUCCUUUUUUUUAUACACUGCUCCUCAAUUGAUAAUGUUUGUGAAGGGUAACACUUUGGGACUGUGGGAUGUAAGGUGUAGGAUGUUUCCUGUGCCACUUUCGAAAGGGCAACAACAUCACAUCUGGCCGAUGACUGAAGAGCCCCCUGCUUGGAUUUUGACUGCGCCGGCUGCACCUGGUCUUUUUAGAAUCAUUGGCCCUCCACAUCUUCAUCCUUUGACUUCUCCACGUGCCCCUCCUGAAUUUCUACAAGCUCCAUCAGCAUGGCAGAUUCCAUAUGAUUCUUUCAUUCCUUUGAUGAUGCUGCCUUCUCCACCAGAACCAGCAGUUGUUCAGCUUCCACUUUCAACUAUGCAGUGGGAGCAAAUUGUGCAUCCACCAAUCGUCGGACUUCCUCUGCCUGUUGGUGUGGACGUCAUCUCCAUCGUUCCACAUGUGCACAGUUCUCCCCGGAGACCAUCAAAUAAGAGCUGGGUGAAUAAACGAACGCCUCAUUGCAAAGUUUAUUUAAAUAAUGCGAUUGCUGUGGAAUCGAACUGGGGAAAGCCAGAGGAUAUGAAAUUUUUCCAUGGAUAUAAAAAGCCCAUUUUAAAAACAAAUCGAGUAGCAGUGGCACUCUCAUCAGUCGCCAAACCUACAUCAUCACCAGGCGCCAGACCCUUUCUCUUGGUAACACCUCAGUCCAUCACUGCGACACCCUCCACAUUCCCGAGUGCUCAAUUGCUCAGACAGAUUUAUUGUCUCCAGCCAGGUUUGGGCAGAAGAAAUUGUGGCCAACCCGCAACAUGUGACAUCAAAGGCAUCGGCCAAUUUGAUGCAAGGGACCCAAGCAUCGAUAAAGAGAAAGGGUCUUACCAGAAAUCAUGUACCAAGGCUUCCAGUGCAAUAUCAGGAGUGAAAAAAGAAUCAAAUGUGAAUUCAGAAGAGAAUAAUUUAAAGAAAGCCAUUGGUGAGAAGAAAACAGUACGUCACCAGACCAAGCCUGUGGCAUCCACUCCUGUACCUGGAUCCCCAUGGUGUGUUGUCUGGACUGGAGAUGACCGUGUAUUUUUCUUCAACCCCUCAAUACAACUGUCAGUGUGGGAUAAGCCCGUGGAACUUGAAGGCCGAGGUGAUAUCAACACAAUUAUUCAAGACCCUCCUCAUAAGCGCAAAAUAGAAUUGGCCACAUCAAAAGAUGAAACUUCUAAUCAUGAAGAGGCAAAUGAAGAACACCUUAUGAAAACGAAAAGAAACAAAACUGAGCAGCCAGAGAUUGCUAAUUCAGCAAAGGAAGAAAUGGAUGGGAAAAACCUGGGAAAUACCCCACACAGAACUAUUGUCCCCUUGGAAGAACGCAUUAAUCAUUUCCGGGAUAUGCUUCUGGAGCGAGGGGUCUCCGCAUUUUCUACGUGGGAAAAGGAGUUGCACAAAAUAGUGUUUGACCCUCGUUAUCUCCUUCUAAACCCAGAGGAACGUAAACAGAUUUUUGAGCAGUUUAUCAAAGCAAGAAUUAAAGAAGAAUACAAAGAGAAAAAGUGUAAACUACUCCAGGCCAAAGAAGAAUUUAGAAAACUGCUAGAAGAAUCCAAACUCACACCCAGAUCCACGUUUCAAGAAUUUGCAGAAAAAUAUGGAAGGGACCAUCGAUUUCGAAUGGUACAAAAGAGGAAAGAUCAAGAACAUUUCUUCAAUCAAUUCAUAAAUAUUCUCAAAAAGAGGGACAAAGAAAAUAGAAUCCGGCUGAGAAAGAUCAGAUAAAACAUCACGGAAACUUCACUCAAUCAAAACUGAGCCACUGUGACGGAUAGGAUAACGAAGGAAUUUCAACCACCUUAUCUGUGCAGUGUUUGGAUAAUUGUAUCGUAACAAUAUAAAAUAAGGUAUUUUUUAAUUUAAAGUUUGCAGGACAUACCAGCUCAGACAUCUCCACCAAUAGUAUUUACUUCAUUGUUUCUCAGAUGUCUGGUAUAUUAUUUAAAAUGCAUUUACCAUAUUCUUGCUUGACAUUUAAGCGGUUUGAAACAAGAUCAUUUAAUUUCCCUGUACUCAUUAUGUAAUAAUGAAUAACCUCCAUGAUAAUUAAAGUACCCACAUAUAGGCUAGAAAAGGAUUUAAUUUAUUUUAAAUGGCAUCUUCUCACACUGAAACAAGGCUGAUUACAAGUGGGGAAGGUUGGUGGACUGGUACUUUAAAUAGAUUUUACUUUUCUCAACGCUAUUUCCAAGUAAAAAUCACAUUGUUACCGUACAAAAAUAGCACUAAGUUCUGUUUGCCAAGAACAUUGGGAUUCUAAGACAUUGUGAUAGAAUUUUAAUGCCAUUGUUUUCAAAUAGUGUUUUAUAUUUUAAAAAAACGAAGCUAGUUCCAAAAGUCAUCUCUGAGUUGUUACAUUAUUAAUAUUAACCUGCCAAACAGGUGUUGAUGCUCAACAAGAAGGCUGCAGCCAAUACAGUGAAAUAACAAUAAUUUUUACUCAAAAUGUCAUCUUGUGGAAUUGCACUGUUAAAUUACAACUGCAGUAUAUAAGGAAUAAGAUAGCAAUUUUAGUUUAUUUAUGUAUUCUGUAUUUACUAGUGUCUGAAAAUAGUGACUGUAAGAUUGGAAAAAGUACAGUAUAACAAGACUAUUUACAUUACUAUGUGCUCUUUAUUAAGUUUGUUUGCCUCAUCAAAUUUGUUGAAACUCAUGAAAUGUAGAGUGCCUAAUCCGUAAGCUAGCUUGGUGUUUAAAAUAUUAGAAGGUAGCCAUUCAAAUCUGCCUGCAUAUUCUAAAAUUUGGCUUUUUACAAUGCAAUAAUUUUAAAUGCCGCUUGCAGUAAAGUAACCCAUUUACAGUACAGUUUUGUAAUGUAAUGCUUUCAGACAUUAUCUGAGCUUAUAAUUUAUCUAGAAAGGCAGUAUUUUAGUUUUGUCAGUCAUAAUGGUAAUUUCCAUUUAUAGUUUAUUGCUUACAUUUUUUUUAAAGUAUGUACAUAAUUCACAGUAUUUUCAUUAAUAAAUAUUUCACA